AUGGCGGCAAGGUCAUCCAUGCUCGUUGUUGUGAUCACCUUCCUCCUCGCCGCUCCUCCGGCCUUCUCGGAACGACGAGGCUUCCGUACCACCAUGACCCGCACCGAGCUGGCCAUCAACUUAACGCGGACCCCGCUCCAGCUUGACAGCGGUGGCGGCGCGUACGACAUGACCUUGUCCAUCGGCACGCCACCGCAGCAGCUGUCGGCCCUCGCGGACACCGGCAGCGACCUCAUCUGGGCCAAGUGCGGCGCGUGCAAGGGGUGCGUGCCACAAGGCUCCCCUUCCUACUACCCAAACAAGUCGUCGUCUUUCUCCAAGCUGCCGUGCUCCAGCGGCCUCUGCAGCGACCUGACAUCCCAGUGCAGCGCCGGUGGCGCCGAGUGCGACUACAAGUACUCGUACGGCCUUGCCAGUGAUCCGCACCACUACACACAAGGUUACCUGGGGAGCGAGACCUUCACGCUCGGCAGCGACGCCGUGCCAGGCAUCGGCUUCGGCUGCACCACCAUGUCGGAGGGCGGGUACGGCUCGGGCUCCGGCCUCGUCAGCCUCGGCAGCGGGCCGCUGUCCCUCGUCUCGCAGCUCAAGCGACGCCGCCAAGACGAACCCGCUCCUGUUCGGCUCCGGCGACUUGACGGGCGCCGGUGUCCAGUCGACGCCGCUCCUGCAGACAUCCACCUACUACAGCGUGAACCUGUGGAGAGCAUCUCAAUCGGCGCCGCGACGACGGCCGGAACCGGAAGCAGCGGCAUCAUCUUCGACUCCGGCACCACGCUGACGUUCCUCGCGGAGCCGGCGUACACGCUGGCCAAGGCGGCCGUCCUGUCGCAGACGGCGAACCUCACCAUGGCCCCCAGCAGGGACGGGUAUGAGGUCUGCUUCCAGACGUCCGGCGCCGUCUUCCCGUCCAUGGUGUUGCACUUCGACGGCGGCGACAUAUGGAUCUGCCGACGGAGAACUACUUCGGGGCGGUGGACGACACCGUCAGCUCCUGGAUCGUGCAGAAGUCGCCGAGCCUGUCCAUUGUCGGAAACAUCAUGCAAAUGA